UUAGUUUUAGUGAUAGGAGGUGGAGGAGAGAAAGGAGAGUAUUAUCACAAUUAUUCUUUUAACCUAUUGCUUGAGACAAUAACGAAUCUUAAUCCUCAGGUCUUUGCUCUGAUAAUGGAGGGUAGGAUACUACCUCUUCUCUUUCUCUUGUCAAUUGCUACUCUUUCCUCUCCUUCCUGUCCCACCUCAUAUUACACUAAUGUUAUAAGUGUCAACAAGAGGUGUAAUGGAUUAGGUUCUUCAGAUCAUGAGAGUUGCUAUUCAUCCCUUGACCAGGCCUUUGAAGCAGUGCUGAACAAUGAAACACGUCAUAAAGUGAUAAUAUGCAUUAGUCAAGGAAAGCACCAGUUGAGUUCUAGUUAUAACUUUUCAGGUGUUUCAGACUUUGCUAUUGUUGGUAAUGGAUCUGCAGAGGAUGUUACCAUAAGCUGCACUGAAGGGGCAGGACUCUCUUUUUAUAAUUCCGACACAUUGUUCUUCGAAGGGUUUACCCUCUUUCAAUGUGGAGCAUCUCAAAUGAGUACCAGUAAAAACGUUUUCUGGCAGAAAGACUACUUACCCUUCAAGGUUGCCAUGUAUAUUACACUUACUCGUAAUGUUAGCAUUAAUGAUGUGACUUGGCAUCAAUCAAAAGGUACUGGACUCGCAUUUUAUUUUUCUGGCAAUGUGACCAUAGAUUCCUCCAAAUUCAUUAAAAAUGGUCAUGGUAUGUCUAACAAUGAACAUGGUGGGGGUGGACUUCAGAUAGAGUUCCCAUUCUGCCUCCCAGGUGACUAUUAUUUUGAUUGCGCAAAAAGUGAUAUGGCAUUGGUAUCAAAUAAUAGAUCUGUGUACACAAGUAAUCUACACUAUGAUAUCAAGGAUUCAGAAUUCAUUGGUAACUUAGCUUACAAAGGAUUUGAGAAUAUUUUAAAGUCAAGAAACGAAGAGCGAAAAAAUUAUAACUUUGGCAAAGGUGGUGGUCUCUCUAUUGUCUUCAAAGCCUGGGCACAUGAUAAUAAUAUCUCCAUUUACAACUGUACAUUUAAUGGAAACAAAGCUCAUUACGGAGGAGGAUUUUAUGUUGGGUAUUUUGACUAUGCUUAUUUCAAUAGCUUUAGUAUGACCAACUCUAAUGUUAGCAAUAACGAAAAUUGCUUCAUACGAAAUUCUUCAUGGGACACAGAUGAGUCUGGAGGUGGUGGUAAGAUACAAUAUGAACUUAAUGUGACUAAUGUCCUGGGAUUCAAUGGUAUUUAUAUUACUGACUGUAGCUUUGAAAAUAACACUGGGAUUUCUGGUGGUGGAUUAUAUGUGUGUUCAUCAAUUGGACUACCUUCAGUUCCCAGUUUAGUUACUAUAGAAGGUACUCAGUUCAUUGGAAACAGUGCUUUCCUGGGCUCGGCAUUAUACUAUGGUCAGAGAUUUUUGAGUGUUACCGUAUCAUUUAAACAUGUUAUAGCUAAUUUGAACUAUUGCAAUUUUAAUAGUAACACUCCAAUAUGUCAGACUGCGAAAAAGAAACAGACCCACUCUUUCCUGCCUUGCAGUGGUAUAAUAUACUCAAACAGUUUUGACCUACAUUUAUUAGGAGAUAAUGUACCGUACUCAAUAAGACAAUAA